CAGGUUGACGCGGACACUCAGCUGCACAGUCCGUCCCCGCACGCUCGCACCUCCUCUCUGGCGGGCAUUCCACCCGGACGACUCCCGGCUCGUCUAAGAUGAGCUCUCGUGAAGAGUCCAGCGGUUCUGAGGAGUACAAGUAUUAUGUUCAAGACAACUCCGAAAGCGAGGCAUUGCUUCCACUCCCGGUCGCGACAGAGCACCAGCAGGAGUCCCCGCGCAAGCCGCAGACAACGCCGAGGUGUACUACGUCUCAUUCUCCUUGGAUCCUGUGCCUAGCUUUCCUUGGGGGUGCUUUAACAUGCGUUGUUUUGCAGUACGUUGCCGGCACGCACCAGUGGUUGGGGACUGGUGGUCAUCCCGCUGCUUCUGACCAUGCGCACGUACUCGCUCCUCCCUACGUUGGCUCUACCGAGGUCCACCAUUUCCCGCCUUCCUCACCAACCAACGCAUUCCCUUCAUUAUUCCCUACGGACGUUGGUCAUGCCGGACCUACCCCCACGGGCGCGGAACCCGCACUUAUCGCCACCGCCCCUUCGUAUCCCAUUCACAGCGGUGCUGCUCACCUUGUAUCCCCGGUGUUUGAAAAGCACAAGUCAAACCAUACCGAAUUCAGCCUGUUCAAGCAUUGGGGCAACUUGUCGCCAUGGUGGAGUGUCGGAAAGGGUGCUUUUGGCCUAGACUCGACUCCUGAGCCGCCGGAGACUUGUAGGAUUACUGGGCUGCACUUCCUGCAUCGUCAUGGCGCUCGAUACCCAACUGGAUGGGCGUCGUAUGGUGGUCCGGUCAACUUUGCGGCGAAGCUGAACAAGUAUGCCGAUCGCUGGACCGCAAAGGGAAGUCUGGCCUUCCUUAACGACUGGACCUACAAACUCGGCGAGGAGAUCCUGACACCUUUCGGGAGGCAGCAACUAUUCGACCUCGGGGUCUCCUUAAGGAUGAAGUACGGUUUCCUGUUGAAGAACUUCACAGAGACCAAUACUAUACCUGUCUUCCGCACGGAGUCUCAAGACCGUAUGCUUGCAUCAGCGCUCAACUUCGCGAUCGGGUUCUUUGGCUACCCAUUCGAGGGACAAUACGAACAGAGUAUUACCAUAGAAGAGAACGGUUACAACAACACUCUCGCUCCUUACAAGACAUGUCCGAAUGCUGCCAACGCGGCGAAGGCUGACCGUGCUUACCCCUACGUUUCUCAAUGGGUAUCCAUCUAUCUCAAGAAAGCGCUCGAUCGUCUGCAGCCGCAGCUGAAGGGCGUGGAUCUGACCAUUGAAGAUGUCUACACGAUGCAGCAGAUGUGUGCAUAUGAGACCGUAGCUAUCGGUUAUUCGAAGUUUUGCGAACUGUUCACUGAAGAAGAAUGGAAAGGGUUUGAUUAUGCCAUGGACCUGUACUUCUGGUACGACUCUGCGUUCGGAGCGCCGCUUAGCAAAGUCCUGGGCAUAGGCUACAUCCAAGAGCUUGUGGCUCGGCUUACACACAGCCCUGUCGAGACCCACAACUCAUCUACCAACGCGACUCUGCAUGGCAGCCCGCUUACAUUCCCUCUCAAUCAGAGCUUGUACGUCGAUGCGACACAUGAAGUCGUCGUAUUGCAUGUCAUCACUGCGCUCAACUUGACGGCACUUGCUGCCAACGGCCCCUUGCCCGCUGAUCAUAUACCCGAGAAUCAGUCCUUCAAGGCCUCUAACCUUGCGCCGUUCGCAACAAACAUCCAGUUCCAACUGCUGUCAUGUUCAUCCACUCCUGAUCCGCAAAUUAGGAUCAUCGUCAACGACGGCGUUGUUCCGCUGACAGGCAUCAAGGGCUGUCCGCAGCAGAAGGACGGGAUGUGUCCCGUCGACACUUUUGUGGCGGCGCAGAAGGAGAUCAUACAGGAGACGGACUGGGAGUGGGGCUGCCAUGGCGAUUGGGAGGUCCCACAGGGCCCCGCCUGGAACACCACGACAGGGUCGCCCCCUCCGCGAUAAGAUCUCCUGACUAGCCAUUAUUAGGGCAUGAGGCGUGGACACUGCCGCGCGCCGGCUGCUGGUUCGCGCUCACCUCCGUAAGCUUGUUCGUGUGCGGGAUGGCGAACGCACCUGUUCGGGUGGCUCUUACUGUUCAUCGUAGACUCACUGGUUAUACAUUGGAUGGAAUGACAUUUGUUAUACCUAUAAA